UUUGUAAAAAAGUUAUAAAAUUGUUGCCUAUAUAAAGAAUAAUUGUCCAUUCAGUCCACAGCAUUUCUGACAAAUCUUCUGCACUAUUCCAUCACACAGAGACAGACAACAUGUCAAGCUCCCCGGAAACCUUGCGCUUUUCCUUCCCUGCCCACGGUGAUUCCAUUUUCAGAAAAAUGAAUGCCCUGAGAGAGCAUCGUCGCUUCUGUGAUGUAACACUCCUCCUUGGGUGUCUACAAGGCACCACUGUGCAGCCUCUCCAUUUCCACGGUCACAGAGUGGUGCUGGCGGCAUCCUCAGACUUCCUUCGUGACCAGUUCCUGCUCCACGAGGGCCAGGCAGAGCUGAAUGUGGGUGUAGUUUCCAGUGUGGAGGUUGGCAAAAGACUGCUCCUGUCCUGCUACACCGGGCUCCUAGAGGUCCCUCUGAAAGAACUGGUAAUCUACCUCACUGCAGCCAGUGCGCUUCAGAUGAGCCAGGUGGUGGAGGAGUGUGCUCAGGCUGUCUCCCAGUACCUUGUGCAGCCGAAAAACAGCUGGCCAGGUAUCAAUUUCAACAAUCUGGAAGAAAUUGAUGCAGCCCAGCCCAGCACCUCCAUCCAGGAAAGCACAAAGGAAGGUGGGGCAGCUUUGGUUCACUCCAAGUCGAGAGCUAGCCAAGGAGUAGAGGAUAGUCAAGGACUGAGGGAGGUCAUAGAGGAUAGAAAGGUGAUAAAAGCUAAAAUUAAGUUAUCAGAAGACAUAGUAUCUACAUUCGGCUCUCUGGAAUCAGAGGAAGGUGGAAACAUCCAGGCUGCUGACAAAAACAGCCCAUCCUAUCAAAUGUUCUCGCCAGGAGCUCUGCAAGGUAGAGAGCUGAUAGAUUCUAAUAUCUUCUGCCUCUCUAGAGAACAUCCGUCACAGAGUCAUUUUACUGGAGAUGAGCUGACAGAAGAUACAGGCAGCAUAUUGGUCCAGAGGCCAUACCUGUGUCGGAGGUGUGACAAAGUCUUUCAGCACCUUGAGAGCUAUGUGGGCCACCUGAAGGAACACAGGCAGUACCUGUGUUUGGUGUGUGAGAAAAGCUUCUCUCUGAAGAGUAACCUGACCUGCCAUGUCCAUGUCCACACCGGGGUCAAGAAUUUCCGAUGCCCACUGUGUCACAAGACAUUUUUGCAGACGGCCAGACUGCAAGACCACCUCAAUGUACACACUGGGGAUAAACCCCAUAAGUGUAACUACUGUGCUGUGCACUUUCCACAUAAACCAGACCUCAGGCGCCACCUAAAGGUCAUUCAUGGUAAGAGUAGCUUGCAAAACGUGCUUGAGGAGACUGGACUGAAGAGGAAGUAG